AUGUCUACAUCUUCAAAUUCGGGAAUUGAUCCAGCUUCAGCAUCUUUGGAAAUUCAAGAUCAUACGAAAUCCAUCAAUCAAAAAUCCGAUAACGUCAAAGGGAAUCAGGAUGAGGCAGCUCCUACAGCUCCCACAUCAAUCACGGAUGAUGAGAAUAAUGAUAAUUUACCAAAGGAUGAUCCCGCUACGAUGGCUGCCAGUGAAGAAUUAAAGCAUACUACAAUCUCAGACAAGCUUCCUUUGCCUACAGAAGGAGCAGAAGCAGAAACUCAUACAGAAGAUAAGAAGAUGUCAGGUAAAAACAAAGACACCACCCCCGAGGCUGAACCGAUCGAUGCGCAAGAUGAGGAAAUGAGAGAUCGAGUUUCUUCACCUAAAAAGAAACGUGGUAGAGAUCAAGAUGAUGAUCCAAAUCAGUUGGAAGAUAAUAGUACGAGAAAUAAUGGCAGUGUCAGUGAAGGAAGUUUAAAUGGUAGUCGAACGAUGAGAUCAGGUCCAGAAAAGAAGAGACCUAGAGAUACUUCACAAGAACCAUCCAGAAUAUCAGAUAGAUCUUUAGCAAAGGAGAUCAACCCAGCUGAAACAUCAAAGACUACCCAAACAUCAACAUCAUCCACCGAGAAUCCUAUCAAGUCAACAUUUGGAAAUACUUCUCCUUUUGGAACAAUUGGCGCAUCUAAACCUAGCGUUUUCGGAGGAAAUGUAAAAUCGCCGCUUUCAGGAUUUGGAGCUCUUGCUUCCAAACCAACAAGUUCAACACCUACAUCAUCUACUUUAGGUUUCUCUGGAGAAAAAACUACAUCUGGAUUUGGAAGCGCAUUUGGUGGUGGUAGUACAUCAGGAUUUGGUGGAUUAGGUUCGGGAAGUGUAUUUGGUAGUGGAUUAAAAAAUGGAUUCGCUGGUGGAUCUGGACCAAAACUUUCGAGCUUUGCUGCACCAGGUAAAGAUAAUGGCGCUUUAGGUAGCAAGCCAGUUAAACCUUUUGGUGCUCCAGCUAGUGAUGCGGAGGAUUCGGAUGAGGAUGAGGAUGAUAGUGAGGGUGGGGCUGAAGGAGAUGAAGAAGAAGGGGGUGAGAAAGCAGUUGUUGAAGAGAAGAGAAAGACCAAGAAAGGUAAAGUAUUGAUUUUACAUCUGACUUAUCUUACUAAUUAUUUUCUAGUUCACAUUGAUGAUGGCGAAGCCGAAGAAGCAACCAUAUUACAAAUUCGAGCCAAAUUAUUUGCAAUGGGAUCUAAGGAAGCAGGUUGGAAAGAGAGAGGAGUCGGUACCCUAAAGAUAAACGCACCAAAAUCUUGUGUCGAUUUCGAUGAAAAUGGCCAUGUAAUUCCUGGUAGUUUCGAUUCAUCAAUGUUAGAAGGACAUAGUGUACGAUUGGUGAUGCGACAAGAAAAUACCCACAGAGUUAUUUUGAAUACAGUGGUAUUGAAAGCUAUGGAAUUCAAACCUAAACCAUCAACUACUUCAGCACAGGUUUUAUUUACAGCUUUUGAAGGAGAAACAGCAGCAAAACCUAUUAAUAUGAUUCUCAAGAUGAAUGAAAAUAAUUACAACUUAUUCAUAAAUGAAAUCGAAAAUGUUCAACAUGAGCUAUAA